CCAGGAUCGGCAGGGGCGGCUGUGCUGCCCAGCCUCCUGCUGCCGACCUGGCUGUUCCCGGAGGGAAGCGGCAGGAGGGGUCCGGAGCAUCCCCUUUGCCCGCGGCUGCCUUGGGGUCGGAGCGUUCGGGGCGCUUUUCGGACAUGGAGCUCCCUGGAAACGCUCGUCCCGUUAAACCUUUGGCUCGGAGCUUCAGUCUUCUUGUUUCGUAGAUAGAUCCUUAAAUGAAACUUAAUGCCCGGAGCAGCAAAAAAAAAAAAAAAGGUGAAAUUAGGUGGUGUUUGGAUGUCCCCGCCGUGUGUUCGGAGCGAGGACCCGGCUCCCAUCCCGGCGUUCCCGCAUCACUGCGGCUCCCACAGUGCCACGAGGGAACCUGGUGGCCGAGCAGCUGCCCCCGCCUUGGGGCAGUCCCAGGGGAUGUUCCAGAGCAGUUCCCGGUGCUCCGGGGAGGGCUCAGAGAUGGAUUCACCAGAACGAGCCACAAUUAGAAGUGAGCAGAAAUCCAGAAAAUUCCUGAAGAGCCUGGUGCGGAAGCAGCCGCGGGAGCUGCUGGUGGUGCUGGGCACGGGGGUGAGCGCUGCCGUGGCCCCGGGAAUCCCGGCCCUGUGCUCCUGGAGGAGCUGCAUCGAGGCCGUGCUGGGAGCAGCCGAGCAGCUGGAGGUGCUGCACCCCGGGGACGUGGCGGAAUUCCGCAAGAAGGUGACCAAAGAGAGGGACCUGCUCGUGGUUGCCCACGAUCUCAUCAGGAAGAUGUCACCGCGUACCGGGGACACGAAGCCCAACUUCUUCCAGGAUUGCUUGAUGGAGGUGUUUGAUAAUUUGGAGCAGCACAUCCAGAACCCCGUGGUCCUGCAGUCCAUCCUGAGGCUCAUGGAGAGAGGCACAAUGGUUCUGACCACAAACUAUGAUAAUUUGCUCGAGAUAUUUGGUCAGCAACAGGGCAAACCUAUGGAAUCUUUAGACCUUAAAGAUAAGGAUAAGGUUCUUCAGUGGGCGAGAGGCCACGUAAAAUAUGGAGUUCUUCACAUCCAUGGCUUAUACACAGAUCCCUGUGGAAUGGUGCUUGACCCCUCGGGAUAUAAGGAUGUCACUCAGGAUCCUGAAGUCAUGGAGGUUCUUCAGAACUUGUACCGGACCAAGUCCUUCCUGUUUUUGGGCUGUGGGGAGACUCUGCGGGACCAGAUAUUCCAAGCCCUUUUUCUUUACACAGUAAAGAACAAAGUGGAUUUAGAGCAUUACAUGUUGGUGCUUAAAGAAAACGAAGACCACUUUUUCAAGCUGCAGGCAGACAUGCUGCUGCACGGGAUAAAGGUGGUGUCCUACGGGGACUGCUUCCAGCAAUUCCCAGAGUACGUCCAGGAUCUCGCUGCUCAGAUCUGCAAGCAGAGGAGUCCAGAUGCUGAUCGGGUGGACAGCACAACCCUGCUGGGAACUUCAUGUGUGGACUGUGCUAAAAGGAAGUUGGGAGAAAGUGGCACUGACUCUCCUAAGAGGAUCAAGCAGUCAGAUACACCCACUAGUGAAUGAAAAAACCGCAAACACCCAAAGCCCACCCCAGAAGCUUUUUAACACUGUAAAGGUGUGAUGUGUAUGAAGCUGGAGCCACCAGUCACUCCCCUGGCACGGCCAGACCCUCAGGCUGUACCUGCAGGGUCAGGGACAAGUAGGUGCAACUUCUGUCAAGCUCUUCAGACCAAACUCUGCCCAGCUGCAGCCACAAGAGAGGUAACUUUGGAAUC